AUGAAGGUACAUGAGUUCACUAAUCUUUAUCAAGGUGAUAUGACUGUGGGACAAUAUCAAGCUAAGUUUGAAGAACUAAUGCGUUUUGCUCCUUACAUGAUUCUUAAUGAGUCUGCAAAAGCAAAGAAAUUUGAAGAAGGGUUGAGACUAGAGGUCAAGGAGAAAGUGGAACUUUUUAAAUUGAAAAAGUAUGCUGAUGUUGUUGAUGCCGUAAUGGCCGAACAAAGGAUACUUGGUUCUAAGAGAGACAUUACCGAAGGGAUUGUCCCCAGCUACAAUCAUAUUAGAUACCUGUUGUUCCACAAUCACAACCACAGUUUAGUGCACCACAACAACAAUUUCAAGCUUCACAAACAUAGUACCGUGCUCCGUACCAGGCCCCAUAUCAAGAUUCACAGAAUCAGUUUAGAGGUCCUGUUAAUCAAAAGACACAACGUUCGAGGGGACAACCUACACAACAAAGGCCUAGGGCACCAGGAACAGCAAGGAGACCUGAACAACUCACUCAAGGAUGAGUAUAUGUUGUUGGACAAGUGA